UUAAAAUAAAUAAUGGAAAACGUCAGUGUAGUUUUUACAUGACAACAGAUGUGUUUUUUAAUUGUUCCUUAUGUUUUUCUCGAAUAUAUUUAAUGGAACAAAGGUGUAAAGCGAUAAUGUGACAAUUUAACAAAGAUUUUAUUCACAAUAAUGAUUCCAUCUUCUAAGAGAGGUGUUUGUUUGAAAGAGAAAGUGUCAUGUGAAAUCGGAGAGUCGCCUUCAAUGAUGUGGAAGAGGUCGAUUGUGCAAGCUAAGGCUGGCUGCGUACGCGCCGCUGCGGCCCUAGCGCUACUGCUUGCUGUUUUAGCUGGUACUCUAAGAUGCAGUUCAGCAGCAGAUCUGGUCAUAGAGAUACCAGGAUGGGGAGGGCCAGACGGCGAAGAGGCGCAUUACCGGCUGGACUACCGGCCGCCGCACGGAUCACCCGCGCCGAACUUCACCGUCCCUGCCAGAGCCUCCACCAUCAACUUCCAGGGCCUACCGGGCACCAAGUACCACUUUAUGCUAUACUACUCCAAUGCUACUUUUGCUGACCUGUUGACGUGGAAUCAAACUAUCAUUACUGCGCCGGAGCCGCCCACGAACUUGACCGUGACUCUGGGCCGCAACAAGCAGGCCGCCAUCGCGUGGUCGCCGCCCGCUCACGGGGACUACACCGGCUUCCGCUUCAAGGUGAUCCCGCUGACGGGGCGCGCGGAGGGCGCGGAGGGGACGGAGGCUGCGGAGGGCGCGCACAACAUCUCGGUGGAGGGCGGCGGCAACUGGACGCACGUGUUGCGCGACCUGUCGCCCGGCGCCACCUACCAGCUGCACGCCUUCACGCUGCUGCACGACAAGGAGAGCGCCGCCUACGCCUCCUUCAACUUCACCACCAAACCCAACACGCCGGGCAAGUUCAUAGUAUGGUUCCGCAACGAGACCACGCUGCUGGUGCUGUGGCAGCCGCCCUACCCGCCCGGCGCCUACACGCACUAUAAGGUGUCCAUCGAGCCGCGGGACGCGCGCGACUCGGAGCUGUACGUGGAGAAGGAGGGCGAGCCGCCGGGCCCGGCGCAGGCCGCCUUCAAGGGGCUGGUGCCGGGCCGCGCCUACAACAUCUCCGUGCAGACCGUGUCGGACGCGCAGCUGUCGCUGCCCACCACCGCGCAGUACCGCACCGUGCCGCUGCGCCCGCGCAACGUCACCGCCGACCCGCGCCUGCGCACCGAGACCGCCUUCACCGUCUCCUGGCUGCCGCCCGCCGAGCGCAGCGAGUUCCAGAAGUACCAGAUCUCGGUGUCGGCGGCGGGCGGCGCGGGCGCGGGCGGGGGCGCCGGCGGGGGCGGCGGGGGCGCGGGGGCGCGGCGCCUGCCGCCCGCCGUGCGCGCGCGCGACGAGGCGCCGCUUUUAUACAGUUUCUUGUCCAAAUAUAUUUUUUGCAAAUAUGUUAACGGUCGUGUGCUUCUGCCACGGAUGCACAGUGUGCCGCAGAGAGUGAUGCAAUGUGUGUGUGUGUGCGCAGAGCCGCUGCCGGUGGUGGGGCUGGGCUGGCGGCACGCGGCCGGCGACAGCGCCGUGCUGCUGUGGUGGGCGCCCGCCGACGGCAGCGUGCAGGACGAGUACAAGGUGUCGUACCACGAGGCGGGCCCGGCGCGCGAGGACAGCAACACGCUGAGCACGGCCGCCACCAACGUCACGCUGGAGGCGCUGCUGCCCGGCCGCAACUACACCAUCUCGGUGCGCGCGGUGUCGAAGGGCGUGGAGUCGAACGAGAGCGCGGUGAGCGCGGCGACGCGGCCGCUGGCGCCCGCGCUGCGGGGCGCCGCGCCCGCGCCCGCGCCGCCCGCGCGCCCCGCGCUGCGCCUCGACUGGAGCUCCGACGUCAACUCGCGCCAGGAGCGCUACGAGCUGCGCUACCGCCGCGCGCCCGCGCCGCGCGACGCGCCCGCCGACCUCGCGCCCUACACCACGUUAGAAACGACGGAGACGACUGCGACUUUGGAGGAUUUGUACCCGGGCGCGCUGUACGAGAUUCAGUUGGCCGCCAUCAGCCACGGGCUGCGCAGUGAGCGCCACACGGUCUACAAGCCUGUCCGGCCGCUGCCGCCGACGGCGCUGCGCGUGGAGCGGCUGACGUCGAACGCGGUGGAGGUGCGCUGGGAGGCGGCGGGCGGCGGCGCCCUGGGCGGGUUCGCGCUGCGCUACCGCGCGGGCGCCGCGCCCUGGCGCCGCGACGCGCUGCCGGCCGCCGCGCGGCGCGCCGAGCUCGCCAACAUGACGCACGGCGAGCGCUACGCCAUCGCGCUGGACGCGCUCAGCGAGCCGCCCGACGCGCCCGACGCGCUCGACAGCGGCCGCCCGCUCACCGCCGAGCACACCGUGCGACCGAACCCCGUCUCGAACGUGCUGCAGCUGGCCGACACGCGCAACAUGACGCUCGAGUGGCCCCGGCCCGAGGGCCGCGUGGACUGGUACGAGGUGACGUGGUGGCCGCGCGAGGAGGAGGGCGAGGCGGGGGGCGCGGUCCCGCGGGCGAUCUCGCAGCUGAACGCGACGCAGGUGGGCGCGCGCGAGAUCACGCUGGCGUGGGACCGGCCCGGCGGCGACUUCACCGACUUCGAGGUGCAGUACCUGGCCGCCGCCGACCAGCUCGAGAGCCUCGCCACGCCCGACACCAGCCUCACCGUGGCCGGCCUGCGCCCCUACACGCUCUACACCUUCACCGUCGAGGUGCGGGCGGGCACGCCGGCCACGAUCCUGACGCGGUCGCGCGCGCGCUCGGGCUCGUUCCGCACGCGCGCCGCGCCGCCCGCCGCGCCGCGCCGCUUCGAGCCGCGCGACGCCAAGCCCACCGAGCUGGCCUUCGAGUGGCAGCUGCCCGAGCCCGACCGCCACGGCGAGCUGCUGCGCUUCCUGCUCGACUACUGGCCCGCCGGCGAGCCCGACCUGCGCACCACCGUGCACUUCCCACCCGACGCGACGGGCGGCGCCGUGCGCGGGCUGCGCGCGGGCGGCACGUACGAGUUCGCGCUGGCGGGCGAGACGAGCGCGGGGCGCGGCGCGAGCGCGCGCUGGCGCCAGCACAUGGCCAUCGCCGCGCCGCCGCGGCCGCGCGCGCACGCGCUGCCCGUGCCCGUGCGCCGCACCUCCUCCACCGUGGCCGUGCGCUUCCGCGCCGACUACUUCUCGCCCGCCAACGGCAACGUCACCGCCUACACGCUCGUGCUGGCCGAGGAGCCGCACAACGACACGCCCGCCGGCCUGCCCUCCUGGCGCGACGUGCACAACCAGCCCGUCUGGCCGCCCUACCAGGUGACGGAGCCGUACUACCCGUUCCACUCGUCGGCCGUGGAGGAGUUCACCAUCGGCUCGGAGCGCUGCGAGGUGGGCGGGCGCGCCUACUGCAACGGCCCGCUCAAGCCCAACACCAAGUACUACGUCAAGCUGCGCGCCUUCACCGCGCGCGACAAGUUCACCGACACCGCCUACACCGCCGUCUACACCGAGGCGGACAACACGGCGUGGAUCGCGGGCGGCGCGGUGGCGGGCGCGCUGGCGGCGGGCGGCGCGGCGGCGCUGCUGGCGCUGCGGCGGCGCCGGGCGCAGCGCCGCGCCCCCGCGCCCCCGCGCGCCCUGCAGCCCGCCUCGCGCCCCGUGCGCGUCGCUGACUUCCUCGACCACUACCGCCUCAUGUCCGCCGACUCUGACUUCCGAUUUAGCGAAGAGUUCGAGGAGCUGAAGCACGUGGGGCGCGAGCAGCCGUGCACGGCGGCCGACCUGCCGUGCAACCGGCCCAAGAACCGCUUCACCAACAUCCUGCCCUACGACCACUCGCGCUACAAGCUGCAGCCCGUGGACGACGAGGAGGGCUCGGACUACAUCAACGCCAACUACGUGCCGGGCCACAACUCGCCGCGCGAGUUCAUCGUCACGCAGGGCCCGCUGCACUGCACGCGGGACGACUUCUGGCGCAUGUGCUGGGAGUCGGGCUCGCGCGCCAUCGUCAUGCUCACGCGCUGCGUGGAGAAGGGCCGCGAGAAGUGCGACCGCUACUGGCCCUACGACACGCGGCCCGUGUACUACGGCGACAUCGCCGUCACCACGCUCAACGAGUCGCGCUUCCCCGACUGGACCGUGUCCGAGCUGGCCGUGUGCCGCGGCGCCGAGCAGCGCGUGCUGGCGCACUUCCACUUCACCACGUGGCCCGACUUCGGCGUGCCCGAGCCCGCCACCACGCUGGCCCGCUUCGUGCGCGCCUUCCGCGAGCGCUGCCCGCCCGCGCCCGACUCGCGCCCCGUCGUCGUGCACUGCAGCGCCGGCGUGGGCCGCUCCGGCACCUUCAUCACGCUGGACCGCGCGCUGCAGCAGCUGGCGAACCAUGCGGAGUACCUGGACAUCUUCGGCAUGGUGCACAGCAUGCGGCGCGAGCGCGUGUGGAUGGUGCAGACGGAGCAGCAGUACAUCUGCAUCCACCAGUGCGUGGUGGCCGCGCUGGAGGGCGCCGACCUGGCGCCGCCGCCGCCCAACAACCACCACCACCACAACGCCGCCUUCGAAGACGACGAGGGCAUCGCGGAGUCGGGCAUGUGACCGCCGACCGCCGACCGCUUAUUUGCGUAACGCAUUUAAUGUUCGCGAGGGCCUGUCCAAACUGCGCGAUUUUUUAUUCUAAAUAUCAAAUAUCAGGCGAAGUUAUUCCACUGUCACGUGUCAAUAUUGCAGUCAUGUUUCCUCUCUCGUCUCGUAAACCUGGCGGCGUCGAGUCAAACGUACUUAAUAGUAAUUGUAAUCGCACACUAGUUUUAAUUUUAUUAUAUUUUUGUAAAAAUGUACAUUGUAUGUGGACCAAGUAUCUGUAUAUAGAGCUGACGGCGACGGACGACGUUCGUUGCAAAAAUUCGUGCGUGACGGCGCCUCUUCGGCCGCUGUGACGGGGCCCGGCCAUGGCAGAGCGCACUGUGCAGUGUGCACUGCUGUGUCCCACGCGCUCUGACGCCGCGUGACAUGCUUCAUUACUACUUAAUUACUUAUACUGCGCUCACUGACGCUUGAAUCUCAAAAUUGUACUUAAUUAUUUUUGUAAAAAUUUUUAUAUUUUAUUGAUUUAUUUAUAACAUCACUAUGUAGGAGAUAUACAUUUGUUACUGUACAUUGUUGGCUUUUUAUAUUUUACAUAUGAAUAAUAAAAAUAUAAAAAUAAGACGGAAAUGCAUCAUAGUAUGAAAUUAAAUUCGACCGACAGAACUCAACGUGAGGUAACUUUGUGAUGCGAGAUUUACUUGCAUCAUGAAAAAAAAAAAUUGAUACGGCAUUUCAGGAAAGUCAUGGUUAACGCUUCUUUGAGACACCGGUUGGUAUAAGGCAUUCCUAGUAUUAUAUGAAAUUUAUGUACAUAUAUCUUAAAUUGUAAACAAAAGACACGUGUGUUUGUAUUUAUUUCAAUACAAAAAAAUAUGUUGGUUGAGAGUAUAACGCUGAUAUGUGCCUUACAGUGUAGACCUAAGUGGCAUUCUGGACUCAUUAGAAUGAGCGGUUGUCGCUUCAUCAACACUUAAGAUAUUAAUUGUACAGUUUUAUUUUCUUAAGUUAAAUGUGUUGUGAUUAUUAUGAAAGUUUGGAAUUUUAUGCAAAAAGUAAGUGUCUUUGUUUACAGUUCGCCAUUUAUUUUGAUAAACAUAUCUUUAUAUAUUACGACAACUAAUUCUAACUGUGACUUAAUAUGUAUAAAUGUAAGUUUAUAUCCAUGGUCUCGCUGAGAGCCCCUUUUACAUUGUAGCCUACAGGUAUUAAUAAAAACGUAUUUUAUAGAC